AUGAGUCCCGAGAACCAGAGCAGCGUGUCCGAGUUCCUCCUCCUGGGGCUCCCCAUCCCCCCGGAGCAGCAGGGUGUGUUCUUCGCCCUGUUCCUGGGCAUGUACCUAACCACGGUGCUGGGGAACCUGCUCAUCAUCCUGCUCGUCAGGCUGGACUCGUGCCUCCACACCCCCAUGUACGUUCUCCUCAGCCACCUGGCCCUCUCUGACAUUUCUCUUUCAUCUGUCACUGUCCCAAAGAUGUUGACAAACAUGUAUGCUCAGGAUCACUCCAUCCCCUAUGCUGGGUGCCUUUCACAAAUAUAUUUGUUUGUUCAUUUUAGUUGUCUUGACAGCUUUCUUCUUGCAGUGAUGGCGUAUGACAGGUAUGUGGCCGUGUGUCACCCUCUCCACUACACCAGCAUCAUGAGGGAUGAGGUGUGUAUCACCCUUGUAGCUGGGUGCUGGUUUUUCUCUUGUACCCAUACUCUGUUGCACACCCUCCUCAUGAACCAGCUGUCCUUCUGUGCAGGGACGAUCAUUCCCCACUUCUAUUGUGAUCUUGACAUUGUGCUCAAGUCCUCCUGCUCAGACACCUCCCUCAAUGAGCUGCUCAUCCUCAUUGAAGGUGGACUGCUCUUCAUUGUGACAGUGGGUGCGAUCUUGGGCUCAUAUAUCCGCAUAGCGGUCGUCAUCCUGAAGGUCCCCUCCCUCAAACGGAUCUCCAAAGCCUUGUCUACCUGUGGCUCCCACCUCUUCGUAGUGUGUUUAUACUAUGGGACAUUUGCAGGUGUUUACUUUUUCUCCUCAUCAGGCAAGUCCAAAGACAAGGACGUCAUUGCCUCUGUGAUGUACAUAAUUGUCACCCCCAUGCUGAACCCCUUCAUCUACAGCCUGAGGAAUAAUGAUAUGAAACGUGCUCUUCAGAAAAUUUUCAGAGCCAAGGACACCCCUUGGUGUCAUUAA